UGGAUGGCAUCACCAAGCAUGCGAGGGAUGCUACCGACUCGGCAGUCUGGCCACGGCGAUGAGAGACAUUCUGUGCAGUCCAGCUGGGUAUUGUUCCCAAGUUCACCACAAGAAAGUACUUAAGGUCCGCGAUCUUGCUGCUCUCAUCAGUCCUUUCAAAUCACAUCACCAACUCAGCAAUCAACCUCCAGCACCCUACUACUCUACCCAGUAAUCUCAUUUACCACCCAAUUUUCACCAUGUCUAUCCCCGAGUCCGGCAACACCCUCAUCAUUCCCGCUUAUAAUGCGGAGUCUGAAAUGGCUGUUCAGGAGCUCCAGUGGUCGCAGUCUUUCCGGACCCGGACUGCGCGAUACUACAUCGUCAGAGCCACGAACCAGUCUAAGGGAAAUGUAGAUGUUCUUCUCUACAUCCAGGACCGCUUCUACAAAGAUGAAGGCAGCGGCGACUACAUUGGCAAGAUCCCUGGCGCCAGGAAGGAGGACUCCUUCGUUGUCAACAUCAACGACCGUUUCCAGUAUGGCCAGAAGAACAAGAAUGGAGACGGUCGCUGGGUCGCCCUCCAUGACAAGGACAACAAGCCCUACCAGCACCGUUUCAUGAUCACCACCAUUCAGGGCAACAUUGCUGAGUGGGCCAAGACUCUCGCCAGGUCCUUCGGCGCUGGUGAGAUUGCUGACUCCGUGGCUAAGCUUGGUGGCAACUUCAUCGGUGACUAUCUCCACACCUAUUAAGUUGCUGCCUGAGAUUGCAACGGGGAGAUGCAGUGGGAAUAAAUUGCAUCUGAGGAAGUGGUCACUUCGAACAGUUUUGUCGCUCAUUAGUCUUAUUUAAUCAGUUGAAAUAUGAAAUUAAGCCCGGGUAAUUAUUUGA